UGAUACAUGAAAUGAAAUCCUGAAUAAUUCCAGUUAUUCAAAUGCUUCAGUGUCUGUUUCUAUGUCGCGAAUUUGAUGUGUCAAAUGGUUUUCCUGUUGGAUUCCAACGAAAUAUUUCGUGAAAUUCGAAUUGGAUUGGUUGUCAAAUACAAAGAUUCGAUAUUUAGGCAGCUGAGAUGUCGACACCGGGUCGCGGGCGCGGCUACACCGGGCGCCACCAUCUACGCGAGCCUCGCCCGGGGGACGACCCUGCUGACCUCGACGCAGCCAGGACGCUCGCCGAGCUGUCCCCUAGGGCCACAGUCGUCACUUCUGCGAUUUCAGAACCGAGAACAGAAGUAAAGGAGAAGUCAGAGGACACAGAAAAGGAGGACGUCGGGAAAGAAGUGAAGCAGGAAGUGAAAUACCACGUGAAUAUUGAAGAUGAGGGCUUGAAAGAACUGCUGACUAUUGAUGAGCAGUUCAGGCCCUUAUUAGUUUUGUUGGAACAGUUCUCUCUCGGCGAAGAUGGCAUACAGUUCAACAGGAAGCUACGUCACUUCGAGUCCACAGUCACCACCAUGUGCCCAGACGAAGCCAGGCUGCAGCAAGCAUUCGCAACCUUCCGCGCCGCAGCGCUAUGCAGUUCAGUCACAGCAAGAAAACUGGCCGCUGUGGGCGCUUCCUUCACGCGGCAGCAACGACAGCAGUUGCUGAGAGGAGCCCUUCUUAACGUCGUCAUGCAGGGCACCUUCUCCAAAUUAGACGUGUUGGAGCGAGCGAACCCACAGUUUUUAAUAAACGCUUCGAAUCUCAUGGGAGAUUAUUUCGCAGAGGCGCGUCUCUGCAACGGCAACAAAGUGCACAUCCUUGCCAGCCCGCUGCUGCAGUACAUGCGAGCGUUGCUGGCUUCCGACGACAUCAGGGCACACAGGAGUCUGGCUACACAGUUAAUGCAAAAUGGUCGCGAAUUACUCUCACAACACACAGCACAAGAGCUCGACGACUUAUCCAUAUCAAUCCGCCUCCGGUUGCUCUCCCCCCCGCCCGUCUCAAUCAUCUGGCUCCUCCUCUCCGCGGACUUAUGCCUCAACAAGUUUCUACCACUCCCAAACACGCUCCAACAGUUCUACGCCUCACACCUAGAACUAACCCCAGACGAAAACUACAGCGAAGUCAGUUAUGGCUCAUGGAAAAAGAGCCCGGAGAAAGAUGAGUACAGAUCUGACGUUAGCACGGACAGUGUGGCUGAGAAAGCCAGUCAGAAUGUAUCACAGAUCAGUUUGAGCGAUGAUAUUGAUACAAAACCAAAGUUGAGACCGAUAUUGGGGGCUGGAGCAGGAUUAUUGAGACAGGAGCAAGCAUUAUCCGUUAGCCAGGACACAUUUGAGACGUGGACAGCUAAGAGCAGUUUAUCCAAGCGAUACGACUUGAACUCGUGGAGACAGGCUGAAGAUGAAAAAGAAGUGGAAGAACCAGUAUUCAACCCGGCUGUGUUACCUCCAAAUUUUCCAGUGACAGUGCCAGAUUACCCACCACCCACGACCAGGUUUAGCUACCCGGAGAACAUGGCAAAUUAUCUCCAGCAAGGUGACGGAGCAUAUAUACAGAACCAGUAUCCAGCUAACAGCACAGCGAAUUUCAACCAACAAGGGGAUACGUAUCAGUUCGCACAAAACGAAAGACCGCAGCCUGAAAAAGUCAACAAUGAGAUUCAAAAAAACGCUCAGAAUAGACGACCUAUUGAAAAUUGGAGACGGGAAAAAAGCGAUUUGAAGGAAGACGCCAACAGGAAUCGACAACGCAACUGGACUCGCCAGCGGUCCAAAGACAACAUAGACGAUGAUGACGACAAAGAAAAGUUUAAGGACGGCGAAAAAUUUCCCAGGUCCUCCUCCAGGAAUUCCCGGGAAUCGCGUCCGGGGAACAGGAUGCCUCGACGGAAUAGCGGGGAGAGUUCAGAGUCGGUGAACACGAAUUCCGGGAAGACUCCACCAAGGAGGCAUGUGACGGACGUCCCCAGGAAUCAGAAGUACUGGGACCACGAUGACCGGUGCGAUAAGGACUAUAAUAGUUAGUGAAUGUGUUGUGGACAUGUAUGUGUUUGUUCUAGUGGGAGGUGACAUUUUUGGUGCAGAAAAUUGACCGGUAAGUCAAUUUUUAUUUCAUUGACUUCCAACAAUGAUCAAUAAAUAGAUUUCAGACACAAAAGAUUUCAUUUUCAGUAAUUUAUCGGAGUAUAUUUUUUUCAAAUUGUCAAAAUUCACAUUUAAUUACAUUAUUUUCAUUGUUUCAUAUUAUUUUAUUUUAAUUCAUACGUCUUAUGCUCAAAUAAUUUAAUAAAUUCUGUACGGUAACUUGAAUUUAUAUCUUUCAUUGUUGUGUAAAAAAAAAAUUCCAUGAAAUUCAACCAUACAAUUUACUUUUACGAAACAAACUGAAAAUAUACAAUGAUAAGACUUGCAGAUUGAAUGAAAUAGAAUAGAUAUAAAUAAAUUAUAUCUCUAAAA